AUGGAUACAGGAUAUUUUCCAGGAGCAAACACUUGUCAGAAAGCGAAUGCAAUGAAGCUAAAGACCAAUGGUAAAAAAGUUCUAAUGUGCUGGUAUAGCAUACCAACAAGGACCUCUCCACUCAAUGGAACCAAAUUUUCCGCGGAUUCUGGCGACAUUUUAGAUGUCUCUUCAGAUUGCCAUUUUUUCGAAACAUUGGAUUGGUCAGAGAAUCAACAAGUUGCUGCUCAAGAACCGCAGUUAAUAUGUUAUGACACUGAAAACGGUUGCGAAAGCUCAAGUUCCUCUUUUUUGCACCAAGGCAAUGCGGAAGUGACUCAGUUCCAGCUUUUUGCCUCACUAGCCUCUUCCGCGCCUUCAUCUUCAAUUGCUUACGAUCUCUUGGAUCUGCAAGACCUCGAAACAACAUCGACACACGACUAUCCUCAAGCAAUCACUUUGGACGAAUUUUCGCUACUCCUUUCAAGCAGCUUCUCAGGUGCAGCAAAUGCUUCAAAAAACGCAAACCCGUCUGCAUGUAGCAAAGUCAGUCAUUCGUUUUCCCUUUUUCUUAGGUUCUCUCGAUGUUCAAAUAUCCUACGUUCUAUUUUGAUGAAUACUGAAAGAAACCACUCCAAAAAUGCAACCACUAUCAAAACAACAAAGCGCGUCGAGCCUGAUCGCAGCCAGGAAACUUCAGAAUUCGCAAACUGCGAAUGCGCAAACUCGCGCAUUAGCAAUCAAGAGAAGAAGAAAGACGUGCAUGAGUCCUUUGAAGAACUUCUCUCACUUCAGGGCUUCAGUGUGCCGCGAAGGAGCAAUCCAACAUUGAACGAAAUAAGAAGAGCAGAAGAGGUUGAAAGGCUGAGCCCUACUUCCAUCAAGAUUCAAAACUGGUUAAACGGAAAAGAGGGUAACAUUCGUGCGCUUCUGGCUUCUCUUAAUGAUGUGCUAUGGGAAGGAGCAGGGCAGUGGCCACACCAUCGUAUGGCAGAAUUACUCAGCAGAAAUCAAGUCAAGAAAUGUUACCAUCGUUCAUGCCUGUUGGUGCAUCCUGAUAAGCAUGUUGGACAGGAACACGAAGAGCUUGCAAGAGCUAUCUUCACCGAACUUAAUGAAGCCUGGAACGUCUUUGCGCAGAGUAUUCACUACUCAAGCUGAUGUCUUACAUCUUUGUAGAAAUAACUCGCUGUCUAUGGACCGUAAAACCCAUUAUAGAAUGUUGGUCUAAGAGCGUGAUAACUCUGUAUGCAACUAUGCAUUGGUAUACCCACUUUUUAUUGAAAGUUCAAGUAACGUACUUUUAUCGAAGAAGGG